GUGGUGGAGAGGAGGGGGGGUAAUUCUCCUUCACUAGUGUCUGGAUAAAGAAAGACUAGGUCAGCCAUGUGGAUGCGUCUGUUGAACAGCUGAAGAGGAGGAGGAGGGGGUUCAGAAACAGAAAGAGAGAGAGAAAGAGAGCGAGAACGAACGAACGUGCUGUGUGUGUAUAUGAAAGAAAGCGCGAGGAAGAGAGCGAGGGAGCGCGUGAGUGUGAGCGCGCGCGCGUGUGUGAAAAAGGAAGCGGAGUCUGUAAACGCCGAACUCACUGAUUUCCUACCCUCCACAAACUCAAGCUUCACGGAGUUAUCACACGGCGAACGGGAGGAGGGGGAACCGCAUACGUUCAAAAAAACCGAGUCCCCGGGCGGUCCGAAUGCGAAUAAAUUAGUAAAGCGAGGUCGUCUUUUGUUGAGGCAUUUGCCCCGUUUCUCCUCUGUAUGGACAGCGACUCUCUCAGGAUAAAGUAUCUGCGCGAUAGUGCUCAGCCCUCGGCUUCUUGGAUUUUGGCCCAGGCCGAGAAGUUCGGCGGGGUCAUUUUCAGCGAACAGACGUGGAAUUGUGUUUGAAGUUGUUUGCAGCAGCCCGAUAGGAACUUAGAUCAUCAUACUGGCGGCUCUUCUGAAACACUGGGGUUGUUGGUGUGGCCAAAUUUUCCCUGGAUUUGAUUGGUAAAUUCAGAAGACUGAAGCCCAGGCUCACAGUCUACCUUUCACGGAGGCCCAGCCGUGAGAGGACAGAAGAAGGCACGUGGCGAAUCAUGACUGCCGACAAAGAGAAAGACAAAGAGAGGGAGCGCGACCGGGACCGGGACAGAGACCGUGAGAAGCGGGACAAAACACGGGAAAGUGAGAGCUCACGGCCCAGGCGCAGUUGCACGCUGGAAGGCGGCGCUAAGAACUAUGCAGAAAGCGAACACAGUGAGGAUGAUGACAACGAGACACCCGGGGCCGCCACCGCCGAGGAGGCCACUAAAAAGAGCAAGAAGAAGCUGCCCAAGAAGAAGUCACGCUAUGAGCGGACGGAGAACGGCGAGAUCACUUCCUUCAUUACGGAGGACGACAUUGUUUACAGACCUGGUGAUUGUGUGUACAUAGAGAGCCGACGGCCGAACACUCCCUACUUCAUCUGUAGCAUUCAGGACUUCAAGCUGGUGAGUUGAGACUUUUUAUCCUUCCCUUCAUCUGUCCAGAUCAAGGCUCGCUCUCCGCCAGGCUCUUAUGUAACAGUGUUACCGUUGUGCUUCGCUUUUUGUUUCACAUCUUUUUCUAUACGUCAAAAGCAGGAUCAAACGUGGGGGUCUGCUCAGGGUAAUUGGCUUGAUUCAUUUCAGCAGAG